AUGUACUGGAAGCAUAUUCUGGUCGGCGACUUUGUUCAUGUCUCCAACGAGCAAGAAAUCCCUGCGGAUGUCUUGUUUCUGAGAUCAUCUAAUGAAAAUGGUACGUGCUACGUGGAAACAUGCAACCUCGAUGGCGAAACUUCGAUGAAACAACGACUAGUGCCUCGCAAUUAUAUGCGUUUUUCACAGGUGAGCUUGCUAAACUGUCAGUCUAAUCACUAG